CCGCGGCGCUUCGACGGCGGCCGGGGCGGGCCAUGGGGCACGCGGACAUGGCGCGCGUUCCGCACGUCGUGGCCGACACGGGCGCGUUCCUGAGCGCGGCCCCGCUGCAGGACAUCGCAGAGGCGCUGUACACCGUGCCCGAGGUGCUGGCCGAGAUCCGCGACCGGCCCGCGCGCCGCCGCCUCGCCGCGCUGCCCUGCGAGCUGCGGGUCCGCCGCCCGCGCCCCGAGCUGCUGCGCCUCGUGACCGAGUUCUCCAAGAAGACCGGGGACUACCCGAGCCUCUCGGCCGCCGACCUGCAGGUGCUCGCCCUCACGUGCCAGCUCCAGGCCGAGAUCGACGGCCCCGGCUGCGUCCGCUGGGAGCCGCAGGACAAGGUGCGGCUCAGCUCCACCCCGCGGCACCCCGAGGCCCCCCUGCACCUCGCCGGCUUCCACCUGCCCGCCAAGCACAGGCCCGCGGGGAAGGGCCCGCGCCCGCCCGGCCCCGGCAGCGGCCCGGCCCCGGCGGAGAGCGACCAGUUCGGAUCCUUCCUGUACUGGCGGCCGCCCCUGCCCAGCAUCGAGGAGGAGCUGCGGGAGCUGCUGGCCAUCGCCGGCAGCCCCGAGCCCCCCGAGGAGCACCGGAGCUCUGCAGGUGGCGCCAGCGCCGGCGAGGAGGAGGAGGAGGAGGAGGAGGAUGAGGAGAGCGAUGACGAAGGCUGGAUAACUCCCAGCAACCUGAAGCAGGCCCAGCAGGACACGGGGCACUGUGACACUGCUCCCGUCGGCGUCCAGGUCGGCUGUGUCACCACGGACUUUGCCAUGCAGAACGUGCUGCUGCAGAUGGGUCUCCACGUGCUGGCUGUGAACGGGAUGCUGAUCCGCCGGGCCCGCAGCUACAUCCUGCGCUGCCACGGCUGCUUCAGGACCACCUCGGACAUGACCAAGGUGUUCUGCCCCCACUGCGGUAACAAGACGCUCAAGAAGGUGGCAGUGAGCGUCAGCGACGACGGGAGUCUCCACAUGCAUUUCUCCCGCAACCCCAAGGUGCUGAACCCCCGGGGGCUCAGGUACCCGCUGCCGGCGCCGCAGGGCGGGAAGCACGCCAACAACCCCCACCUGGUGGAGGACCAGCGCUUCCCGCAGCAGCGCCUGUCCCGCAAGGCCCGGCAGAAAACCAACGUGUUCGACCCCGACUACCUGGCCGGGGCCUCUCCCUUCGCCGAGAACGACGUGCACAGCCGGGCCGCGCACCUGCACCUGCGCGACGCCGCCCUGGGCGCCGGCCGCCGCCGCCUCAACCCCAACGCCGUCACCAAGAAGUUCGUGAAGAGGAGGUGAGGGCGUGGCCUGCCCUGCCUGCAGGACACACCUGCCCAGGUGUGGUGGUGGCUGUGCCAGGGCGAGGCCGCUCCCAGCACCUGGGCGUGGCUCAGGCCAUCCUGUCCCCGCUGCGCUGGUGCCCAGAGCCAGCGGGCAGUGACUGGGGUGGUGGUGACGGGGUUUGGGAGGGCGGGGUGGCUUCCCUGGGCAGGGGCUGUGUCACCAAU